UAUCUGUGCUGUGGGACUGUGGUAUAGUCCCCUUACUAUACCACUGUUACGAUCCUUGCCAAGUACUCUCCACAGACAAUGACGAACGUGUAGUUAGGGAUGAUGGAUCGGCACAAGUCGGCUGCAAGAUUAUAAGAGGCCCUGGCUGGACUCAUGGUGAUGAUGACGGAGGUCAGGGAUUAUGUGGCGUUGUGUGUUUGUGUACAAGGAAAGGCAUGGUUACGGUUCGUUGGCCAAGUAGAAAGAUUUGGAAAUACAGAUACGGGGAUGAAGUCACAUUGCAGGACACUUCGGGGGAACAAGCACAGGCAUCAGGGUAUGAAGGCAACAAAUUUGAACCGGGGAACACACUGACAUUAUCAUCAGACACUCAUUCUAAACCAUACAAGAAAGUUAAUUUCAGGCCUUAUUCUACCUACAUCAGAGACUCAAAUACCCAGUUUCUGAAGCUAAACGCAUUCGACUAUCCUCUUCGACAAGAAAUUCAGGACAGUGUGCCUGAAGUUCGAUCAAUACCAGAACCAGCAGUACUUCCAAACAGUAUACCGGAAGUUCAAUCGAUACCUGAACUAGACAAGAGUAUCCCAUCUGUAUGGAGUUAUCAGCAGGAAGAUAAAGUCAAAUGGACUCCGUUUGAUACAUGCAACACUAGAAAGCUAGAACCUGACUGGUCCAAACAACGUAAAACUACAAUGGUUUCAGUAAAUAACAAAAGUUACAGAGUCGUAUUUUCAAAGAGGACAAUGCAUUCCAGUGGCGGCAAUACUGAUGGAAAACAGCUCAAAUGUAAUGUCAAACGGGAACAAAAAAAUGAACAAGAUGUCAAGCAUACGUUCGAUUGACAAUUUUCAUAUUUUAUCAGCAGCAACAUUUAAAUUUAAUCGUUCAGUUUUCACUGAAUGUGGCAAGGAGCGAAACGGAAAAGAAUGUCUUGAAGUCACCAGAAAACAACUUCA